AUGAGGACAGGGGGUCCUUGGUCCUUCGAAGAAAAGAGACUUCACAUCAACUGCCUCGAACUCCUUGCAGAUUCUUUGGCAAUCAAAACAUUCACCAAAUCCAGAGCUUGUGCUCAAGUAAAACUGCUGAUGGACAAUGCUUCAGCAGUUGCUUACAUAAACAAGAUGAUGGAUACUCAUUCGCAGGUCUUAGCGAAAUUAGCGAUAGAUCUGUGGGAAUGGUGCUUCCAGAAAGAUAUGAUGGUGUCAGCUCAACAUCUCGCGGGGACUUGAAUGUAAGGGCAGACCAGGAGUCCAGAGUGAUACAGGAUUCCAGCGACUGGAAACUGAACCUGUCGGUUUUUCAAGCCCUGCUCAACAGGUACUAGGUGGGGCCCUUUCGAGGUAGAUCUUUUUGCAUACUCGCUAACACACCAAUUUCCCAAAUUUACCAGUUGGACCAGAUCCAAUGGCAAUUUACACGGAUCCAUUUUCCGUGAACUGGAGCGAAGUUCAGGGGUACGAAUUUCCCCCAUUCGCCCUGAUAGGUCGUUGUGUACGGCAGGUGAGGUCCCAUAAAGUGGAUCAAUUAGUUCUAGUAGCACCGGUAUGGCCAACUCAGCCUUGGUACCCCUUGCUACUGCAACUGUGUGUGGAUCUUCCACUACUAUUUCCGAUCUCUCCUCAACUUCUGAUGAAGGGACAACAGUCGCACACUCUAAGCAAUCUUCAAUUAGCUGGGUGAAAGCUGUCGGCAAAUCCCAUGAAACAGCAAACUUUUCAGAAGAAACUCGAAACGUUUUGUUGGCGGCCUGGAGAUAAAACCCCAGUAGUGCCUAUGCCUCUGCCUGGAGUAAGUGGGUUAGCUGGUGUGAUCAACGAAAAUUUAAUCCACUUUCAACAUCAAAAGAAUCUAUCCUAGAGUUUCUUACAGGACAAUAUAAGGAGGGCAAAGUAUAUAAAUCAAUUAAUGUUUAUCGCUCUGCCUUAUCUGCAGUGUUACCACUUAUUGAUUCCUGGAAAGUUGAUUUUCACCCCUCAGUUUUCCAACUAUUGAGGGGGAUAUUUAAUUUACCACCUCCUCAACCAAAAUACUCGCACACAUGGAAAGUCUCUCAGGUGUUGGGCUACGUAAAAUCCCUUGGGCCUAAUGAAAAUUUAAGCCUAAAAAAUUGGCCUUUCAAAUUAGUAACACUGUUGGGUCUAACAGCACCAGAUAGAUCGUCUGACCUAGCUAAACGAGAUUUGAGGUGGCGUACUUUUCAUCCUGAAGGAGUAUCAUUUUCACUCUCGGAUUUGUCAAAGACCUCUAAACCAGGAGAUACACCAAAAACAAGUUAUCAUGCAGCAUUUAGGGAAGAUAAGGAUUUAUGUCCAGUGGAAUGUUUAAUGUUUUAUGAAAUUAAAACUAAAGAAUUUCGAUCUGUUGAUGAGCAUAACAAACUGUUUUUGUCCCACAUUCUUCCUCAUAAUCCUGUAUCUUCAUCAACUUUAGCUAGAUGGAUAAAGUCGAUGUUGCAAUUAGCAGGCGCAGAUACAUCUAUUUUUACUGCGCACUCAUUAAGAGGAGCUGCUACAACAGAGGCAUUAAAUCAUGGUGUUUCAAUCACAGAUAUUUUAGGAAUAGCAGAUUGGUCUCAGGAGAGUACCUCUGCACGGUUUUAUUAUAAGCCUCGAUUUGAUGUCUCACCUGGUAAUGCAGUGUUAUCAGCUUACCAUUCUUGA